UACUAACUUCCCUCUAAGUCAUGGAAGAAUAAGUAUUUCCGUAAUCUCUACGAAAGCUGCAACAGUAGUUGAAGUCUUUCCUUUUCAAAUGAUGCCUUGAGUUUCAUCUCAAUAAGUGGAUUAGCCUGUCAAUGCUUUUUCAUUUAAGAUGACAUAAAUGCCAUACUUUCAAUCUUGUCAAUGCUUCUUCAUUUGAGCAAAUUGCAAAUCACCUGGGCAGAAGCAGAACAAUAAAGAACAUGUCUUCAAAUCAAGUAGUACCAGGUCCAAUUCAACUCAACUUCAGUCAAUACGACAUCAUCGUCUCUCUAAAUCAAGAAAAUCAAGAUCAACAACAGGCUGCAUUUGAGUACAUUCUUAAUGUAGUUGUUUACGCCUCUGUUGUCCUGGUGUUGCUGAUGGUUGUGGCGUUGCUAAUCAAAUUACUUGGAGUUUGUGAUGGCGAAUUGGAAAGAAAUGAUACUAUAAGAAGAGAGACGGACAGAUUAAUAUCGAAAGCGGGUGCUUCUUUUUCUUACGGAACAUGUGAUGAAGAUGAUUUGGAAUCGGGAAAUUGCAGUCGUUCUAGUUCAUCAGAGGAUUUGUAUGAUGAAAACAUAUGCAUAGUUUGCUAUGAUAAAAAACGAGAUUGUUUCUUUAUUCCCUGUGGCCAUUGCACUACUUGUCACUCAUGUGCCAAGAGGAUUGCUGAGGAAGAAAACAAGAAUUGCCCAAUUUGCCGGCGAGUAAUUCGGAGAGUAAGAAGAGUGUUAAUUGCGUAAACUCAUGUUGCUCUUUUGUAAUUAAUGUAAAUGAUGCAUUUGACUCUUUCUAAAUCGACAAUGGUAAUAUCACUAUACUUUUUUAUUGCAAGUUGCUGUUUUGCUGACUUGAA